AUGGCGCUACUACGAAGACAUCAUCUAAAAUCCUCUAAGAAGUUGACCAAAAAUGGGUCAUCGUUCGCAUUAGCAACCAAAGCCAAUAAGGUAUCGACCACCUCCGUGGCCAUUCCUGUGCCCACACGACGUGUUUCCGAUCCAGAUAUUGAUACUAGACAUCAGCAUCAUCAUCAGCCUCGAGACUUGGCAUCUAGUGAAGACGCUUCGAUUGCUUCUUCAUCUUAUUCAGAUGAGGUCUCCUGUCAACCUGUGAUCAACCAACUUCGGUCAUCACAGGAUGAUGGCGCUCCCGUGAUGGGUCUGAACUCUUCCACACCAAAAUCCGUCUCAAUUGUACCCGAAUCAGUAUCGGAAUCAAAAGAUAGCACUUUGAAGACACAACCCAAUGGUGGUAAUGCACAAUUGUCCUUUCAAGACAUGUUUCAGAAAUGGCAUUCCAAUCGUAUUGUCAAACGAAGGCUUCCGUCUGUGCAAGCCUUCCCUAAAUUGUCCCCAUUCGAAGGCUUUCAUGAAUCUAAUACUGCACAAGGUUAUACCUUUGGUCCUUACUUUGAUCGCUGGUAUGUCAAACAGCAGAAACGGUCGGCUGCGAUGCCGUCGCCAAGUUCACGAAAACGACCCAGUCCCAUCAACUAUCCUUCCAAUUCUGGCGACAAUGCAGUGGCUUCACCAAAUCCCCCCGCUCCCAAGAAACAAAAGUCUCAGUCUGAAGCAUCUUCGAUUCAGCAGCAACGAAAUCUGAAUAGCCUUCACAAAUGGAAUGCUGUCAAUGCGCUGUAUCGAUCCGAGAUUGUCGAAUUACCGGUUUCCUUUGUUCCUGGACCUUACACUGUGAUCAUGGGACGCCGACUCAAGGCCCCAGGCUGCGUCCAUCUUCGCUAUGUAACGGAUCAAUAUGCCAAGGAAUACAAACAGAGUGACGCCAUGGCCAAGUCGCGGAUUGUCACCCUCAUCCUCAAGAUAAUCUACGAAAAGGCUCCUAUUGGGGCCUUUGUCAGAUGCAAGGCACGACGCUAUUACGAGGUGGAAGACUUGAUUGCCCGGGAAAAGAUUGUAUCCGAACUCAUUGCGGGUGGGUUGCAGAUUUAA